AUGGCUAAGGGUUUCAACGCUGGUGACUCCUUCCCCGAGGACGUUGUCUUCUCUUACAUCCCCUGGUCUGAGGAGGCCGGCGAGAUCACCUCUUGCGGUAUCCCCAUCAACUACUACGCCUCCAAGGAGUGGGCCAACAAGAAGGUCAUCCUUUUCGCUCUUCCCGGUGCUUUCACUCCCGUCUGCUCCGCCAACCACGUCCCCGAGUACAUCCAGAAGCUCCCCGAGCUCCGCGCCAAGGGUGUCGACCAGGUUGCCGUCCUUGCCUACAAUGAUGCCUACGUCAUGAGCGCCUGGGGCAAGGCCAACGGUGUCACCGGAGAUGAUAUUCUUUUCCUCUCCGACCCCGACGCCAAGUUCUCCAAGAGCAUCGGCUGGGCUGAUGAGGAGGGCCGCACCUACCGUUACGUGAUCGUUAUCGACCACGGUAAGGUCACCUACGCCGCCAAGGAGGUCGCCAAGAACAGCUUGGAUCUCUCCCGCGCCGAGAAUGUCCUCAAGCACCUGUAA